GAGGGAGUGGGGGGUUUCACUUCCGGGACGGUGUUCCGGCCCAUUCCGGCCCAUUUCCACCCCCGGAGCUCUCACCCUUCCAGUGCCGACGGUAGAGAAAGACCUUACUCCAGGGGCUUCCUCCUCACUGGGGAAUUGCCGGAAGGAGCAAACAAAAAAGGCGCUGGUGUAGGCUCCAAAAUAAACACAUCUGAAUUCAUGAUGGCAUCGACAGAGGCUCUUAUUGGAUUAAAAGUUUCAAAACAAACAAAAACGCUUUGGAAAAAGCAGGGUUGAAUGCCUGCCUACAGCCUCAGGCACAACCAUGGAGAAAGGAGGGAACAUACAACUGGAGAUCCCGGACUUCAGCAACUCUGUCCUGAGCCAUCUAAACCAGCUGCGCAUGCAGGGCCGUCUCUGUGAUAUCGUGGUCAAUGUGCAAGGACAAGCUUUUCGGGCUCACAAAGUGGUACUAGCUGCCAGCUCCCCCUAUUUCCGAGAUCACAUGUCCUUGAAUGAGAUGAGUACUGUCUCCAUUUCAGUCAUCAAGAACCCUACUGUUUUUGAACAGCUCCUUUCUUUCUGUUAUACAGGGCGGAUAUGCCUGCAACUGGCAGAUAUCAUCAGCUACCUGACAGCUGCCAGUUUUCUGCAGAUGCAGCAUAUUAUAGACAAAUGUACACAGAUCCUGGAGGGCAUUCAUUUCAAAAUUAACGUGGCUGAGGUUGAAGCAGAAUUAAGUCAAACGAGGACAAAGCAUCCAGAGAGACCUCCAGAGUCUCACAGGGUCACACCAAAUCUAAACCGCUCCCUUAGUCCACGACAUAAUACGCCAAAGGGAAACCGGCGAGGUCAGGUUAGUGCUGUGCUGGAUAUCAGGGAGCUCAGUCCUCCUGAGGAGUCCACCAGCCCUCAGAUAAUUGAACAGAGUUCUGAUGUCGAGAGCCGGGAGCCCAUUCUUCGGAUCAACCGAGCAGGACAGUGGUACGUGGAGACAGGAGUAGCAGACCGAGGGGCCCGGAGUGACGAUGAAGUGAGGGUUCUUGGAGCAGUACACAUCAAAACUGAAAAUCUGGAGGAGUGGCUUGGGCCUGAGAAUCAGCCUUCUGGAGAAGAUGGGAGUAGUGCAGAGGAAGUCACAGCCAUGGUGAUUGACACCACCGGCCAUGGUUCUGUAGGACAGGAAAAUUACACUUUAGGAUCUUCAGGAGCCAAGGUGGCUCGGCCAACAAGCAGUGAAAUUGACAGAUUUAGCCCCUCCGGCAGUGUUGUUCCCUUGACGGAGAGACACAGAGCCAGAAGUGAGUCUCCUGGGAGAACAGAUGAACCUAAGCAGCCCAGCUCCCAGGUAGACGAGUCAGCAAUGAUGGGAGUAAGUGGCUACGUAGAGUAUCUCCGAGAGCAGGAAGUAUCUGAGCGAUGGUUCCGGUACAACCCCCGUCUCACCUGCAUCUACUGCGCCAAAUCUUUCAACCAGAAGGGGAGCCUGGACCGCCACAUGCGCCUGCACAUGGGGAUCACACCGUUCGUCUGCCGCAUGUGUGGCAAGAAGUAUACCCGGAAAGACCAACUGGAGUAUCAUAUCCGCAAGCACACAGGCAACAAGCCCUUUCACUGUCAUGUUUGUGGCAAAAGUUUCCCCUUCCAGGCCAUCUUGAAUCAGCACUUUCGCAAAAAUCACCCUGGCUGUAUACCCCUGGAGGGGCCUCAUAGCAUCUCCCCUGAAACAACUGUCACGUCUCGAGGACAGGCCGAGGAAGAGUCACCUUCACAAGAAGAGACAGUUGCUCCUGGGGAAACCGCCCAGGGCUCUGUGUCCACCACUGGGCCAGAUUGAAACAUUGAGGGGGAGGGGGCAGACCCUCUUCCCCUUUGGGCAGUAAGCAGCCAGCAUCAGGGCCAUGGGCUGGUACUUAGAUUCACAAAAUGCCACGUCACUAGGUCGGAAGAUGCUCCCAAGAUGUUGCCAAACUAGAGGAUCAGCAACAUAACAAAAGCACUAGAGGCUCUUCCCUUCCUCCUUCCCACCUCACACUUUGGAAAAUAAUCAAGCAAAUCAACUUUCUAAUUCAGGGAUCAACAGCCUUGGUUUGUUAACUUUAUAAGAAAAAAAAUUUUUAACAAAACAAUGAUAAAUGGUCAUUUAUCUACCAGUCAUGUUUGAACACUGUACUUUGGUCCAUACUAUCCUGGUGGCUGUAAUUGCCCAGAUCUAACAGACACAGCAGGAGCCUUGGUCAUCUGAACCAGCCAGACACGAGAGAAGAAAGUAAUCAUGAGGAUGAGGAGGAGGAGGACUUUCUUCUCUUCCUUCCCUGCCAGAACAUGCAGUUUCACAUUUCAAGAAGGCAAAAAAAGAAUCCUGGUGGUUCUUAUUGUUGUGGAAGGUUAGACCUUAUCUUUGCCCUGACUAGGCAUCUGAUACUUUGCCUGGUUGUUUCGUGUAAGCAGCCAUCUUGGAGCAGUAUUCUAGUGGGCAGCAUCACCUGAAGCACUUUAGGCAACUGGAAGUGAAAUGAGCAGCCAAGUGUUUGCAGUAGGUACUGCUACAUUGAGGAGCUUGAGUGUUGUGUUGAGGAAGAGGGGAGCAGGGAAGGAAGUGUUUUUGUUUUGCAAAUGUCGAACAGCACAGAGCAGUACUGCAACUUCCUGAUUGGUAUUGGUAAACCAUAGUGCUCAUAUAACUUCGGGUGUUAGGAAAUGGCUCUAGUCCAGAUGAAUUAAUGUGUUAGGCUGACUACCAAAGUUUCGUCCAGUCUCUUCGGCUCCUAGAUUCACAUAACAGCAAUAUUAUACAUCAAAAACGUCUCUUUCCGGUGAAAUGAGCCUGGAUUGUAUUUUUAAAUCCACAGGUCUCCAUGUUUGAUAACUUUUAUAUGAAGUUUUAAACACAUUUUUUCCGCAAUAUUGUGGUUGAAGAAAUUCAACACUAUGGUUCUUACUGCAACCACAAUACCAUUUCCUUCUGCAUAUGUAAUAGUUUAUAUUUUCAGUCCAAUAGAAGAACCUCACUAAAUCCAUGUCUCACGUCUGCAAACCUAGUAAUUCAUAAACCAACCAUCAGCAAAUUGCUGAUGACUCCAAGAGCUUUGCUUUUUAAUAAUAUACUACAGGGCAUUUACCAGAAAACAUCAUGCACAAUCAUGUUGCAAUAAAUUGAUCAAGGGAUCACUUUUGAUCAGGUUUGGUUACUUAAUCAUUCCUAAGACUUUUAAAACUUUAAGGGACCUUUUUGGUAAUCCUGGGUAUUUCUGAGAUUUUUUAUCCAGCACUGAGAGUCAGAAAGAAUUUACCAAACAUGUAGAGCUUUAGAUGCCCUGUUUUGCAUGCAGAGAAUGAAGGAAGAUUAUUAAAGGAUGCAGGCAAGUAGAUGUUACAGUACAAGUUACAGAGCAAAUAGAAAAAAGAAAAAUAUCUAGCUUCUCUUAAUGUCUAAUUUUUUUAAAGCAUAUUUAAAUAUGUAGUGGUUUAAGAAAUUGUUUUGGUACAGAGGCAUAGGUGAUUGUAAAAGAGAUUUGGGAGAGGGGCUGGUCAUGCCUGCGCUGGUGAGCCAUUUGUGAGAAUGUUAGCAGUGUGCUCCCUUCCUGAGAGUGCUUUGUGGUAUGUGGAAAGGUGGGUAGAAAAGAAUGGCAUUUCUUUGAUGAUAGGAAAUUAGAAUGCAAAGGGUCACUCUUAAGCAAUCUGAGAAUUGUAUAUAUACAUACAGCUGCACCGUAUCACUAGAGAAUGGUUAUUUUCUCUUCUGGAAAAACAUAAAAAUGCAUAUUUUAAUAGGAACAUAAUGAUGUUACCAUUUGAUGAGAACCUACCCUUAAACAUAGUGUCGAAGCUGUAUUUUGUCUUUAGAAAACAGACUGGGGCACUCUCCUCCUUACUUGGGCAACAAUGCGAUAGGAUAAAAACUGUCACCUAGGGCCAUCUUAGGGACCAGCUGUGUUCUGUGGCAUAGAAAAAGUGGAGUUGAAAUUAGACUAAAAUGUUUAGGGAAACAUUUGGUAAUCAAGGCUUUCAAUGGACAGUUUUGCUAUUACUAAAUAGGCAAGGAGGUGAGAAGUACAGAAUAUGCUGCUUUAGAUGGAGCUUUUAAGCCUACCAAAAAAAUUUUAAGUCCAUCCUACUUUUGGGAAGUAGUAUACUGGAAAGUUCUUUAUUGCUUUGUUAGUUUCUUAGAUUUUUAUGUGAGAAAAUAGAGCGUUUUAAACUAUUACCAAAUUGUGAAGGUGAAGUGCAGUAAUUUCUGUAAAGAGAAACUUUGCAGCAUUUGUCAGUACUCCAUCCGUGGUUAGCAACAAGCAUUUUAAAUGAAGUAGGGACUGUCUAAGAGAUGUGGAAAUGCUGUGAGUGUUUUCCCAGUUCCCCCUCCCUUUUCAUUCCCUUCUAAUAGGUUUUUGCUGUAUUGAUACUGUGAAUAGAGUGCUCGCCGGCCAUCUAGGACCAUUUCAGCACAAUCCUGUUUGCUGGUUCUCGCCUCCUAAUUGGCCUGCCCAGAGCCAUGAAAUUCAUGAAGAUUCAAGCCAGGCUAGCUUUUCAACAGAUUAAAGUUUCUAAAAGCAAUUUCCCCAUUUUAGUUAGAUGAGAUAUUAUAAUUCUAAAUAACUAUCCAAGAUUCUUAUCCAGGUUCACUGUGACGUUGUCCUAGUUCUUAGCUAACAUCACUGUAGGUCGUAGGAGUUAGUAGUGUUCUAUCUACAUUAAUGAAUAGCUAUAUUGGUGUAUGCACAGAGGAUACCUCUCUUAAGGAUGUACUAAAUGGACUUUAGCUAAUGCUGAAAAGUCAUUACCAAAUCUUAACUUGCACAUGUCACCUUGUGAAGGGAACUGCAUUAGCAAUGAGAGCUAAAUCAUUAAGUACUUUAAUGCCGUGAAAUAGCAAACACUGGGACCGUUUUCGUUCAUUGAGUGGCACUUAAUAGCAAAGGAACUACCCAGUCUACUCAGCAAAAGAAGAGAGAUGGCAAUAUAUUUAUCUACUUUCAUUCUAAGAGGUACCUUUUAUUCUCUCUGAACUCUGAUACCAGUAUAAAAUAUAGCAUUGGCAUGAACAGAAACACUGUACUUAGGCAGCAAGGCUCUUUCUAAUGACUUGUUCUCUCUUUACUCAGAACCAUAUUUACCUCUGAACUGAGUUGAGUUUUAUUUUAUGUAAGUGGCAAAAUACCCCCACCCCAUUUCUUUAUACCAGAAGAUUGAAUCUAAUUUUGAAUAUGUAGAAAUAAAUUAGUUCCUAAAGGAUAAAGAGUGGAAAAGAAGAGAGAGAGCAAUUAAGGAAGGUUUUCUUGUUAUUUUGUUUUUUAAUAUUUUUUAAUGUUUCCAGUUCGCUCUGCAUCAGUGAAACAGGGUUCCCAAAGAUGGUAUGACAAUAGAAAUAAACCAUUUUCCUCCUAACUUCAUAGUUGAAAUCUGGCUUUGGUUGGAAGUGGUCUGUGGAAGAGUGAAAUAGUGAACUUCAUCCUUAAUAGCUGAAUAGUGUUUGGUCAAGAAAUAACUUUUAAAAAGUUUUAGGUGUUACUUGACACUAAUUUUGUUUCUUUUAACUGGUAAAAAACUACAUUUUGUUUGACUAGAAGAUCUAAUUUAAAGAAAUAAAAGCAAUGAGUAGUGGAAAGGAAAUUAAAUUGAACGAAGACAAAGGUCUUCUUAAUCACAGUGGAAAGGCGUUUAGUCAGGAAGGAGUUGGAAUCCCGGAAGUUUUUCUUUUUUCAGAUACAACAGAUGUGAUUUUUUUUUCUUCCUCAAAUGCCUGUCUCCUUAUCUGUGUACUUAUUAGUUCAAGGAAUAACAGAUAAGUCUUUAGUGAACUCAGUCUUUGAAAAUGGAGCUCUUUACUUAUGCCAUGUGGGGAAGAGUACAAAAUAUUGAACCAUUUCAGUUGCUGAGAUUUAGAAAAGGGACAAGUAAUUAAGUCAGGUAAAUCCCUAAGUUUGAGAGGAUGCCCCUUAGCAAAAUAUAUCCCUAGGACUUAUGAAUUAGAUCAGGGUUCAUCAAACUAUAGCCCCGAGGCCAAAUUCUGAGGCCACCUGUUUGUGUAAAGCAAGUGACAGUGGAACAGGGCCACACCUAUUCAUUUAGCUGUUGUUUAUGGCUGCUUUCUACUGUAAUGGCAAAGUGAGUACUUGUGACAGAGACCACGUGGCUUGCAAAGCCUGAAAAUAUUUACUGUCUGGCACUUGACAGAAAAGUUUGCCAACUCCAGAAUUAGAUUCAAAAGAAUUACCCCCCAAAUUUGUCACUCCUGCCAUUUUGCCUUUAUAAUAGUUGAGUUGAGGUUUUAAAUUCCUACCAUAUAUGCAUCAGUUUCGUGAAAGAGUUUGCCAUCUUUUUCUAGAUCCUUUGCUCAUACUCCUCUUCGUGCUCCCUCUUACUGAUCCCCAUUGCUUUAAAAGCAUUUAGGAUAGGCCUUCUGAUUUGUCCUUGCCUUGAAGGUGCAGGUAGAUUAAAGUUUAGGGCGGUAGUUACAGAUAUAACAGUAAUUUUUAAAAAUAGUUCCCAUGCAUAAUAAUGUAGGGUUAAAUGAGUACCAUGUUUACAUAAAAUACUAUAAAAAAGUUAAUGUUUUCAUAAGUAAGUUUUGCCAUUCCCCUGAGUUAACUUGAACUGGUUUGCUUAAUGAUGGCAAGAAUGAAUUUAUUCCCACUACUAUUAAAAUUAAUUUCUGUUAUGAAUAAGUGGUUUGAUUCUUAUCCAAAGUACUGUUUUUCUAGAUUAGAAGCCUCUACCCUUUUCCUGUACCAUAAAUCUUCAUUUUAAUUUCCUCAAGUAAACUCACUCUGUUCCAUGUAGAGUAGUAAAAAGCCAAAUCUUCUGUUUUUGUAGUGAAUAUUUUAAAACGUAAUGAAACAUCUGAGGAUUUCAGAUUCUUCUUAGACCUAUCUUCCAAUUUCUGUUACUGUCUGUAAUUCUCUAAAUAUGUAUUGGGCCAUUAUGAAUUUGCUGUGAAUGUUUAUUCCUAUUGUUCAAAUAGCUUAUUUAUGCCAGAUGUGGAAAAAAUGAAAAAUGUUAGGAUGAUGAUAAACAGAAUUCCUUGCAAGAGGAGAGUAUAAUUUCUCCCCAUUUGGAAACAAUACAUGGAUUUCUGAGUUAAAUUGAUUUAUCUGGACAUGUGUUCUAGGCCAUGCUGAUACAUUACAGUGAGUUUGAUUCUUUGUUGGGAGCUCUACCAACACAAAAGUUUGGAGGAGUGACCUAGCUUCCGAUAGGGCACCUCUUCACUAGGCAUUUUAUUCUUAAAGUUGCCUUUUUCUAAGUUGGUUAUUAGUAAGUUUUAUAUGAUAUACCCUCAGAGUGAUAAAUAAU